CUCUUGGUUUAUUUAUAUCAUUUAACAAUUAACACCAUACAUAUAAAUGGUUUUGAUUCAAAAUCCAUUCUCAACAGCUACUUAAGAGGAGGAAAAGAAUAAGAACCACUCCAAGAAACACUCUUUCGAAGAAAUCUCAAUUUCAACCUUGAAGUUAAAAUGGUUCUCUGAUAAUCCCAUGCAAAAGAAAAGACAAAAUUAAUUAAAGAACCAUUUUAACUUAAUUUUGAAGCAAAAGAACGAACAUCUUAUCCCUCUCUCAAUGCCAAUCCCAGUUUGAAAGUCACCUUCAAUGUUAAAAGCCAAAUUUGGACUCACAUAGCCUUUACAUAAAAUCAACCAAACUCGAGUCGAUGAACAAGAAGACCCAAAACAAAUUUAUCGUGUCCUUUCUCACCUUCGUUUAGUCAUUUUAGCAAACACUUUGCAUCGUGUACUGUAUUGUAAGCUAAAAUUCUGAAGUUUUCAUAGAUCUGCUUGAUAUCAGAGGGAUAUGGGAAAAGGGAAAGUGGGUUUUUCUGUGUUGGCUCUAAUGCUGCUGCUAGCUAUGGUUUUGGUAUCGUCAGCUGCUUCCAGUGAUGGUGCGCAGCAAAAGUGGAGAAAGGCGAUGUUAUCUUCGAUGAUGCUCAGUAAAGUUGGGUCAUCUCUUGUUUUUCCACUUCAUGGAAAUGUUUAUCCUGCUGGAUAUUAUAAUGUUACUCUCAACAUAGGGCAGCCAUCAAAGCCAUACUUUCUUGAUGUAGACACGGGAAGUGACCUCACAUGGCUCCAAUGUGAUGCUCCCUGUCGCCAAUGUACUGAGGCACCUCAUCCACUUUACCGACCCAGUAACAACCUAGUGGUUUGUAACGACCCCCUGUGUAGAUCCUUGCAGGCGCCUGGUGAGCACAAAUGUGAAGAUCCAGAGCAGUGUGACUAUGAGGUUGAGUAUGCGGAUGGUGGUUCAUCCCUCGGUGUUCUUGUGAGGGAUGUAUUUCUUCUCAACUUUACCAAUGGACAGCGGCUUAAUCCUCUUCUGGCCCUCGGAUGCGGAUAUGAUCAGCUUCCAGGUAGAUCUCAUCAUCCCUUGGAUGGAAUACUUGGCCUGGGCAGGGGAAUAUCUAGCAUCCCAUCACAGCUUAGUAGCCAGGGACUGGUGAAAAAUGUCAUUGGCCACUGUUUAAGUGGGCGUGGUGGAGGUUUCCUCUUCUUUGGAGAUGAUAUUUACGAUUCCUCUCGAAUAACAUGGACCCAAAUGUCUCGCGAUCAUUCAAAAUACUACUCUCCUGGAUUCUCCGAGUUGAUGUUUGAUGGAAAAUCUACCGGGAUCCAAAAUUUACUUGUAGCUUUCGACAGUGGGAGCUCAUAUACUUACCUGAACUCGCAGGCAUACAGAGGACUACUAUAUUCGUUGAGGACAGCACUAUCAGGAAAGCCCUUGAGUGAAGUACCGGACCAAACGCUACCCGUUUGUUGGAAAGGAAAGAAACCUUUCAAAAGCUUACGUGAUGUCAAGAAAUACUUCAAGUCCUUUGCGUUGGGCUUCGCAAACAGUGGGAGGGCAAGAACUCAUUUUGAAUUUCCCCCAGAAGCCUAUCUUAUAAUAUCAUCAAAGGGAAAUGCUUGCUUGGGAAUUCUAAAUGGUACGCAGAUAGGUCUUCGUGAUCUAAAUGUUAUCGGAGACAUAUCGAUGCAAGACAGAAUGAUGAUCUACAACAAUGAGAAGCAAGUGAUUGGAUGGGCACCUGCAAAUUGUGAGCGGCUUCCCAAGUCCAAAGCGAGACAAUAGUUCUGUUCUCACAACAUUUUCAUCCAAGAACAUAUAAAGGCCAUUUAUAUAUUUCAUUGUAAAGAAUUAAUUUGAGAAAGCAUAUUAAUUUUACAAUAGUUAUGUUUGAUAUUGUAAAGAAUCUUAUGAAAAGGACAACUAUGCCAUUUGUAAUUUAAGAAAGCA